GUUUGGAGGAACUCCGGCUGAUGUUAGCAGCGGAGGAGAGGAGAGCAGAGAAAGGAGAGGAGCUGGUGAGAGGAGACCGUCACGGCAGCUGUAGCUUCCCGUGCCUGCUUCAGUCUGGCGGGCGUCAAGGUGCAGCAGCAGGCACGAGGGGGACGGAAGCGGUUUAAUUGACUUAUCCGACGAAACGGUGCAGCGCAGAAUAACGUGACGGCUUUACUGAGUGACCGCAGGCACGGAGACACACGGGAGAGGACACUAUGUCAAAGGAGCCGAGAGGAAAAGGAUCAUCGCGAAAGCACAGCGCCACUCAUUGGUGUCUGCAGAAUAUUGCACAGGAAUCAGUUGACAGCUCAGAUGAAGAGUUCUUUGAUGCCAGAGAUGUUAUGGAGGGGAAGAGCGCCAUUCUGCUGGGCAUGAGUCAGUGGAACUCAAAUGACCUGGUGGAGCAGAUUGAAACUCUGGGACACAUGGAGGACCAGUCGCAUGAGGGUCUCUACCAGCUGGGUGGUCCACGCUGUGCCCCUCAGAGCAGCAUCGAAGGACUGGAGGACAUAGAGAGGAAGUGUAAGACGCAUGUGCUGCUGCUGGUGGUGCACGGGGGAAACAUCUUGGACACAGCCGGCGGGGAUCCAAGCACAAAGGCUGGCGAUGUGGCCACCCUGGCCUCGGUGCUGGAGAAGGUGACGCGGGCGCAUUUCCAGGCCGCCGCUGAACACGUGAAGAUCAAAUUAGUGCCAUGUCCGGCCGUGUGUGCUGAAGCCUUCUCCCUGGUGUCCAAUCUGAACCCAUACAGCUAUGACGAGAGCUGUGUGUCCAGCAGCGUUGACCACCUGCCUUUGGCUGCUCUCCCCCUCCUCGCCAUUGUCUCACCUCGCUACCAGGAUGCCGUGGCCACCGUGAUCGCCCGAGCCAACCAGGUGUACCACAACUUCUUGCAGUCAGAGGAUGGCCAAGGAUUCGCAGGCCAGGUAUGCCUGAUGGGCGACUGUGUGGGAGGUGUGCUGUGCUUCGAUGCUUUGUGCUUCAGUAACCACCAGAGGCCUGGCAGCCCCAACAACAGCAGCAGGAACAACAGCACUGAGAGCCUGAAGGAUAAUUCGGGCCUGCUUGGGGAGUCCAGCCUGGGUCUGAGCUCUAGCAAGAGGCUCAGUAAGAGCAACAUCGAUAUCUCCGCUCCCAAUGAAGGGCACAGCCAGAGUGGGCCGCCUCUCAGCCGUAAGCAGAGCGACUCGUAUGAUGGAGACACCACGUCCACAGGCCAGCACAGCUUUUUUUCCAGUUUGAUGAAGGAGGGUGUGGAGCUGCGUGGUGGCAGCAACACCAGUCUGGUGUUGAACCCCGGUCGAUUUGACUUUGAAGUGUCAGACUGCUUCCUGCUGGGCUGCCCGUUGGGCCUGGUGCUGGCCAUGAGACGCACUGUGCUGCCUGCUGUCCAGGUGAGCCAGCUCCAUCCAGCCUGCUCUCAGAUUUUCAACCUGUUUUACCCUUCGGACCCUUCAGCCUCCAGACUGGAACCUCUUCUGCAGCCUCUCUUCCACAAGUUGCCGCCCUUUGCUGUGCCGCGCUACCAGCGCUACCCUCUGGGAGAUGGACGCACGAUGCUCAUAGUGGAGAGCAUCCAAGGCCAUUCAAACGUGUUUUUGGAAGGUGAGCAGACCCCUGGAGGUCCGGCUUCACAGAUGUCCCCUGAGACGAAGACUGAAGGAAGAGGUGGAGGAGAAGACGGAGGCCGUAGAGCCAGCGUAACCAGUGUGGAAAGUGAAAUCUCGAUUUGCUCCAUGGGCCAGCUGGGAAACACCAUUGCUAACAUUUCCAGCAGCUGGUGGGGCUCCAAGAGGCUGGAUUACGCUUUGUACUGCCCUGAUGUGCUGACGGCUUUCCCAACAGUGGCUCUGCCUCACCUUUUUCACGCCUCCUACUGGGAGUCCACAGACGUAGCAGCCUUUGUUCUUCGGCAGCUCAUGCGAUGUGACUGUGUGAAGACUCAGGAAGCAGACAAUCUGGAUUCUGCUCCGUUCUCGCCCUCCAGCCCGAGAGAGAAAUGGCUCAGAAGGAGGACACAUGUCAAACUGAGGAACGUCACUUCCAAUCACAGGGUGAACGACAUCAUUGCCACCGAGGACGGGCUUCAAACUCUGGUUGGUCGCUUCAUGUAUGGCCCCUUGGACAUGGUCACUCUGACUGGAGAAAAGGUGGACAUCCUGCUAAUGACACAACCACAGUCUGGCCGCUGGGUGCACUUUGACACAGAGGUGACCAACAGCAGUGGCAGAGUCACAUAUACCAUACCCAAGAGCAAGAAGCUCGGGCUGGGGGUCUAUCCCAUUAAAAUGGUGGUCAAGGGCGAUCAAACAAGUGCAGAGGCCUACCUGACUGUGUUGCCACGGGGCAUGGAGUGUGUGGUCUUCAGCAUCGAUGGUUCUUUUGCAGCUAGCGUUUCAAUCAUGGGCAGCGACCCCAAGGUCCGCCCCGGAGCUGUGGAUGUCGUCAGGCAUUGGCAGGACCUGGGAUAUCUGAUCAUUUACAUCACAGGCCGCCCUGACAUGCAGAAGCAGCGUGUGGUAUCCUGGCUCUCGCAGCACAAUUUUCCCCAUGGGAUGAUCUUCUUUUCUGAAGGCCUGGUUCAUGAUCCCCUGCGGCAAAAGACCAUCUUCCUCAAGAACCUCAUACAAGAUUGUCACAUUAAGAUCAACUCUGCUUAUGGCUCCAUGAAGGACAUCUCUGUUUACAACAUGCUUGGCCUCUGCCCCUCACAGAUUUAUAUUGUUGGCAGACCUUCGAAGAAAUACCAAAAUCAGUGCCAGUUCCUGAGCGAGGGCUAUGCAGCGCACCUCUCCACCCUUCAGUUUGGGCACCGAGCCAGACCCAAGAAAUCCCCUUCGGUUCGUAUGGUCCUAAGGAAGGGCUCCUUUGGUCUCUCAGCGAAGCCUGACUUCCUGUGUAAGCGCACCCACCUGCGCAGGACCAUGUCGGUGCAACAGCCCGAACCGCCGUGCACGCCCAACCCCAAGCCUGAGCGAGCCCAGAGCCAGCCGGAGUCGGAUAAGGACCACGUGGGAGGAGGAAGCGGAGGAGGAGGAGGAGGAGGAGGAGGAGGGGGAGGACAGGGCGCAUGGGGACGGCACUCCAUACAUCGUGGAGACACCACUCCCUGACGUCCACAAAGAGAUGGAAGGAUUACAGGAGGAUAGAAGAGGAGAACAAAGAGGUCUUAGUGUCCAGGGCCAAGUUUCGACUAUACCAACUCUACAUGUACAUUGGAUCUCCUGCUGGUGUCCCUUGCAGCUAGGCUUUACCUCCUGCUUGGCCCUCUACACUUCUCCACCUGUUCGACCCUUUUUUUGUGACCUGCUUGCUGGAUUUAGUCUUUGUGCCUGGAAAUUUUAAACAGUUGCCAGGGGACGGCAAUGAUUUUCGCGAAUGUCUGUGUCGAACUUAAAUUGUGCUUAAUAGUAAAAUCAAAAGAAUGUACUUCACAUAGUCGAUAUUCACACACACAUACACACACACACUUUAGAGGUGACAGGUUUUCACGUUGGCUGACUUCUGCACUAAACCUCCAGUGAUGUAAAUACUCCACACUCAUCAUAUCCACGUGGGCCUCUGGACACAGACACAGUGUGACAUUUAGGUUAAAACUGUACACAAGCUCUACAAUCUGGCGCUGACCUUGUCAGAUUCCUGCCGCUGCCUCCAUUUCACUCCCACUGUUAGAUUUCUCCCUCACAUUGUAGCUGGCUUCUUAUAUGCCCUUCCAUCUCCUAAAACAGUCUGGCAGACCAGGCCUUCGACCUCAGACUGGGUCGCUGAAGCACGGCUCUGCCCCUGAGGUCGCAUUUGCACUAUUGAAGUACGCCGCAGUGGUUCCCGAUUCAGCUGCGGUACUCGCUUCAUAAAACAGAGUUGUAUUUGUAUUUUAUUGUAUUUGUAGAUUUUCUUUUUUCUGCAGAUUGUGCACUGUUGCUGCCUGUUGGUUACUGUAACUACUGGAAGAAGAAAUAGUUUGUGAUGGUUUGACCAAAAAAUGUUUACAGUUUGGUAGACACAGAUGUAAAAAUUGAUCAGAAGUUGUUUAUCUGCAUAUUUAAAAAAGAGUGUAGUUAUCAUCAUCAGCAACAUUAGUUUAGUUGCUUGGUAGUUGCAGUAGCUUGCAGGUUAUUGUACAAAACGCCCCAGUUGAAAUUCCACCUGGAUGCCCUCACAUCCAUUGAUUGCAGCUGCACUGGAACCAGCAGGUUUGUGAUGGAAUCUGACCUGACAGUCUUGUGCACUUUCGAGGUUAAAAUGAGUCUUACUGUGGCCAUGUUUAA